AUGGAAGAAAACUCUGGAGAUAUUGAGAACAAACCAGUUGUGGCUUUCAAAUCAGCGAUGUCGAUUCCAAUGCCAGUUUUGCCACAGGAUGGAGAGGUUUUUGUUGGUCCGGGAGGUAAGAAAGAUGCACAAAAAAUCGGAUUAGGGUUGUCAAAACUGAGCUCGAAAAGAAAAGACGACAUUCAAAUGGCGAGAAAGUAUGCUAUGGAUAUUUCCAUCAAACAAAUUCUUCUCCGACAGCAGAAGCAGCAGCAGGAAAAUGUAAGCGAUUUUUCACAGACAGUUCAACAACAAAAACAGCAGAUGUAUGCCCAAGCUCUCUCAAUCAUGUCCAGAAUUUAUGUAGGAUCCAUUUCCUUUGAGAUUCGUGAAGAUAUGCUUCGAAAGGCAUUCGACCCGUUUGGCCCGAUCAAAUCAAUCAACAUGAGCUGGGAUCCUGCCACUGGACAUCACAAAACAUUCGCAUUUGUCGAGUACGAGAUUCCAGAAGCUGCUCUACUUGCUCAAGAAUCAAUGAAUGGUCAAAUGCUCGGCGGACGUAACCUUAAAGUCAACUCGAUGAUGUUCCAAGAGAUGAGACUACCGCAAAACAUGCCACAGGCUCAACCAAUCAUCGACAUGGUACAGAAAGACGCAAAGAAAUAUUUCAGAGUCUAUGUGGCCUCUGUUCAUCCAGAUUUAUCAGAAUCCGAAUUGGCUGGAGUUUUCGAGGCUUUUGGCCAAAUCAUAAAAUGUCAGCUCGCUCGUACCCCUACCGGUCGUGGUCACCGUGGUUUCGGAUAUAUUGAAUUCAACAACAUGAACUCGCAGAACGAAGCCAUCGCUGGUAUGAACAUGUUCGAUCUUGGAGGACAGUAUUUGAGAGUGAGUCAAUUUUUCAAACAAUCACAUCAGGGAUUCACACGUUUUUCAAAUAAAAAUCAUUUUCAGGUCGGAAAGUGCGUCACUCCUCCCGAUGCUCUGUCGUAUCUUCAACCAGCUGCAGUCACCGCGAUUCCAGCUAGUGUCUCCGUUGCAUGUGCAGCAAUCACCGCAAAAGUCAUGGCUGCAGAGGCCGCGGCAGCCGGUUCUUCGCCGAAACCAAACUCUGAAUCUAAUUCCCGUGCUGCUAGUCCUUCCCCUAAACAAGCUCAAUCACCCCUCACACCAUCAUCCUCCCUUCCAUCGGAUAUUGAAACCAAGGCAGUUAUCAGUUCACCACAACAUAUAGAUGAUGCUACGCCAAACGCUGAAGACAUACCACCUCCGCCUCCUCAAGUGGACGAUUGUGUCAAAGAAGAGCCAAUGGACAUAGAUGAUGAAGAAGAUGAAAUGACUCCAGAAGAAGAACCGAAACCGAUACUACCAACACCUGUUCUGCAAAAUGCUAUUGUUCCCUCACCAGGAUUGGUAGCUCCGCCUGGAAUCGGAAUAAUUGUUCCAACACCAUCUUUUGCGGCACCAAAGUUGGAAACAAGUGUGCCAAAGGCGGAUCCAAGCAUUGAGGAAGAAGAAUCAGGGCCUGGAAGUUCUGCAGCAACUAGCCGAGUGAAACUUUCAACUUCGCAAAGGAAGAAAAUGAAGCGAGAGAAGCUGAACCAAAUGACCUUUGAAGAGAAGAUGUCCCAAGUGUUAAGUCAACAGAAAGCAGUCCAGAAUCAGAGAAUGGAAGAUCCUGUGACAUUUGGUGCAUUGGAUGAGCAUGUAGCAUGGAAGGAUCCAACAAAUGAAGAACAGACUACGGAAGACGGAAAAAUGUUGGCUAUCAUGGGUCCUGGUCGUGGUGGCGACAACGUAGCGAGUAUGGCUCUUGCAUUGAUGGAUGGUGGAUCUUCUUUGAUGUUAUCCAAUAGUGCAAAAGCAAAAGAAGCAGCUGCUGCGCUAGGUUUAGAGCCGAAGAAGAAGAAAAAAGUCAAAGAAGGAAAGAAGAUUCAACCGAAGCUCAACACUGCUCAAGCGUUAGCAGCAGCAGCGAAAGCGGGAGAGAUGUCAGAUGCGUUGAAGAACGAAGUGAUGAACAGUGAAGAUGCUUCCCUUGCAUCACAAGAAGGUCUCGAGAUUCGAGGAAACGAUGCUCGCCAUCUUCUCAUGACCAAACUGAUGCGUACGAACCGUUCGAACGUCAUUGUUUUACGGAAUAUGGUCACACCAUCUGAUAUUGAUGAGUACCUCGAGGAAGAAAUUCGUGAAGAGUGUGGGAAGUACGGAAACGUCAUCGAUGUUGUUAUUGCCAAUUUCGCCGCCAGCGGUACUGUCAAGAUUUUCGUGAAGUACGCUGACUCAAUGCAAGUGGAUCGGGCCAAAGCAGCUCUCGAUGGACGAUUCUUCGGAGGAAACACCGUGAAAGCAGAAGCAUAUGAUCAGAUUCUGUUUGAUCAUGCGGAUUACACUGGAUAA